AUGGAACGAGCCUCAAGCCCUGUGACAGCUCCCCCGCAGGAGACAAUCUUGCAACCCCAAGCUGGUGCCCUCGAAGCUGUUGAAGAUAUUCUUUAUGGAUCUUUUGCGGGAGUAGUUGGGAAGUACAUCGAGUACCCCUUUGACACGGUCAAGGUUCGCCUUCAGUCGCAGCCUCACAAGCUGCCCCUUCGGUACACUGGCCCUGUCGACUGCUUCCGUCAGUCAAUCAAGGCAGAUGGCUUCCUCGGGCUCUACAGGGGCAUAACCGCCCCCCUUGUCGGAGCUGCGAUGGAAAACAGCAGCUUGUUUUUCUUUGAACGCCUCGGCCGCGAUCUUGUCUACGCUUCAGGCUACGUUUCGAAGGAGAAGCCUCUUUCCCUGCCGGCUCUCUGGUUCACCGGUGCUUUCGCCGGAGCGUUUACCUCGCUUGUUCUGACCCCAGUGGAGCUGGUCAAAUGCAAGAUUCAGGUGCCCGCAACCCUUGAGGGCAAGGCCCCGCCGCCGCUUCGUCCUAUCCCCGUAAUUAGGGAUAUUUACCGUCACCACGGCCUGCGAGGUUUCUUCCAUGGCGGCCUUGGCACGCUCAUCCGUGAGGCUGGAGGCGGAGCUGCCUGGUUUGGUACCAAGGCCACUAUUUCAAAGAUGUUUUACCAGCGAAAUGCCCGAUUCGCCUCGACAUCCGAGGAAAAGGAGUUGAUCCUUUCGAAGCCCCUUCCGCUUUGGCAGCAGGCAUUUGCGGGCGCAUGCGCAGGAAUGUCGUACAAUUUUCUCUUCUUCCCUGCCGAUACGAUCAAGUCGAGAAUGCAAACCGCGCCGAUCGGCCAGUCGGUUCAGUCACAGUCAUUCCUUAGCGAAGGACUCUCACUUUGGAAGCAGCAUGGCAUCCGUGGCAUGUAUCGAGGAUGUGGCAUCACGGUCAUGAGGUCUGCGCCCAGCUCCGCCUUCAUCUUUAUGGUCUUUGAUGGUCUGAAGACAUAUCUUCCGCUUCGAUAA